AAAUCAAACUCAAGUUUCGACCAAACCUCAUUAUGGUAGUAUAAGAAGGGUGUUCUAACAUCUGAAAAAGGGAGACAGGAAAAGUAGGGAGAAGAGAAAGAUGAGUGGUUUGUGCAAUAAUAGUGAGGAGGAGGACGAAGAAGUGCUGCUUCCAGGGUUUAGGUUCCAUCCAACAGAUGAAGAGCUUCUUGGAUUUUAUCUUAGGAGAAAGGUGGAGAACAAACCAAACACUAUUGAACUCAUCAAACACAUUGAUAUCUGCAAAUAUGAUCCUUGGGAUCUUCCAAAAGCUGGUAUAGUUGGAGACAAGGAAUGGUAUUUCUAUAGCAUAAGAGAGAGGAAGUACAGGAACAGCAUAAGGCCCAAUAGGGUCACAGCUUCUGGAUUUUGGAAAGCUACUGGGGUUGACAGACCCAUAUGUUCAACUUCAAAUCCCCAUGAAUGCAUUGGCUUGAAAAAAGCCCUAGUUUUUUACAGAGGAAGAGCAGGAAAAGGAACAAAGACUGAGUGGAUGAUGCAUGAGUUUCGUCUUCCAACUAGUAACAACACCAACCUAUCUAAAGCAAGAAACAUCACUAAGGAACUGGAAGUUUGGACUAUAUGUAGAGUUUUUACGAGAAGUGUUUCUUAUAGGAAGUAUGAAUCAGAUUGGAGGGAAACCCCACUGAAGAAAUCAUCAAUGAAAUGUUCAAUUCCAAAACCAUGCACUUCUUCCAAGUUGGAUGUGAGUUAUAAGUCUAGAAGCAUUGAAAAUUCUAAGGAGAAACAAAGGAAUAACCAGUUGGUUGCAGGCCACCUGAACUUUUCAAAUCCAAAUGGGAAUUCAAUUUCCAAAGAUGGGAAUUGGGAUGAACUGCAACCAAUCCUGGACUUUGCACUUCAUCCACAUAUGGUAGUAGGUAAAGAUGGAAGGUGGAAUUAAUGUUGUUUUUUGUUUUUUUAUCAACAAAAGUCGGUCAGUUAAUUGUUAGAUCAAGUAUUCAUGUCUAUCUUGUUCAUAUCCUAUCAAUGGAUCUAUAAGCACAAAUAAUGUCCCGAGUAGGGAUGUACAACACUUUUAUUUAUGUUUUUAUCUAUCUAAAUGUAUCUUUUUUUCACUAUUGUAAUGCUACACAAAGGUGACUUAAUUAUUAAG